AAACAUUAUUUAAAAAAAGAAAAAAGGGAAAAGCCCUGAUUCUCUCACUUCACUGCUUUUGUCUUCUCUUCGACCCCGUGAAAAAUGAAAUCCCUAAACGCUCAAGACCUAAAUCAAAAUCGCUAAACAAUGGGUCGGUGAAAUCUCUUCUCUUCGAUCCCGUUGAUCUAACAAAGAGAAAGAAUGAUGGGUCAUAAAUAAUUGUGAGGGAAGAGAGGGAAAAUGGUUUAAUUUUUGAUAAAACACUUGUCUUCAAUACUCAAGUGCAACCUUUCCUUCGACGGACCUCGCCGUGGACCAACAAAGUCAAAGUGCGAACUCAAAACCAAUCGCUUGGAACAUCUUCUGAAACGUUCUAACUGCUGAAGCUAAGGCUAAAGGAAGAACAGUAGAGGCCUAGAAGUCCAUUAUUCUGAAAUACAAGCUCAACUACAUUGUUUUACCUUAUUGAGCAGAACAUGGCACAGUUAUUAGUGAGGCUCAUGAUGUGGACUCAAUAAUUGGUUGUAUGGCUUUUUGGUUUGUGCUUGUCUUUCACUCUUCACCCCAAAUUUUUUGAAAGCCUUUUAAGUUUUGAGGGAACUAAACUCUGAUUCAGUCUGAGUGUGAGACACCAAAAUGGGAAGACGUAGGCUAGUUUACUAUUCGGACGAAGAUGAGGGAGAGAACAAUAACAAUCAACCUCAACCCCAGACCCAAUCCCAAACCCACCCUGAACAACCUUCUUCUCUCCCAUCAAGUCCUAGUCCUACUACUAAUAAUGAGGCUCAUGUUUCACCCCUUGAAAUAUCCGAUGAUGGUGAUUUUGUUGAAGUUUCAGAUGAUGAUGAGGAGUUCAUAGACGUCUCUGACAACCUCUCACCUCCUUCACCUCCUUCUCCACCACCGCCAGCGCCACAUUCUGAUCACCACAUGCCUCAUCCUAGUACAUUCGGUUGCCCGGUUGGUGACUUUCUUCAAGGGCUUGGAUUAAGGCUGAAGAGAGAAUGGCUUGAUGCUUGUGUUCAGGGACUUGAACGGUCUGUACUGGGCUUUGAAGGCCUCAAUGUUGAUGUGAAAGCCAAGCUUUGUUUUGAGCGGUUCUUGGUUUCUGAUAUGAAUCAAUUUGGUGGUGGUUUGCUUCCUGAAAAUGUCCAUUCUCUUCAUCUUGUUGAUCUUCCAGGGCGUUAUGUGUUACAGGUUGAUGAGAUUGUCAACAUAAGCUGUCCAUUAAAAAGUAGGUAUCAGAAAGCAGCUCCCGGGAUCAAGAGAUGUCUUAAGUUGUCAAUGACAGAUGGCGUUCAACGUGUGUUUGGCAUGGAAUACAGACCAAUUAAGGAUCUUGAUGCUUUGUCUCCAGCUGGAUUGAAGGUUGUCAUAUGUAAUGUGCAUGUACGGCAUGGACUUCUUAUGCUGGUCCCUGAAACCUUUGAAGUUCUAGGGGGACUAGUUCAGGUUAUGGAAGCAGCACGACAGCGGCUUGUAGAUGAAGUAAAUAAGCCGCCAAGAGGAAUAAGAGCCAGGAACAGAGAACUUCCUCCUUUGAGGACUCGAGCAACUCUUGCUGCAUGGUCAUCGGGCAAUGAUCAUGUUGCUGGGAACAACCAUAACACAACAUCUGAUUUCAGAACCCCCUUACAGGUGCAUCAAGCUGCUGCUACUCAUGUUAACACCAAUCAAAGGAUGGAGGAAGACAUCCCUGGACGUGUUAAUGAAGAAAAUUAUAAUCCCAACCCAUCAGCUAAUGUUCAUGAUGUGGAAGAGUCUCCUGAUACUUAUGUUGCACCUGGUAAUGUUGCUGGUGAAAGGAUUGAGGAGGAGCUCUCUGGUCGUGUUAGUGGAGAAAAUUUUAGUCGCAAUCCAUCAGCCAAUGUCACUUUUGGCGAGGAUGGUUCUCCUGCUCCUGCCAGUGCCAAAAGUGUUAUUUCUAAAGCACCCCGCAGUGUUGUUGUAGGUAUAGAACACCUCCAUAUGAAUUCUAUAGGCCCUAACAGCGCAAGCGGUUUACGCCCCACCGACCAAUCUUCUGAUGUUGCUUCAGUUAUGGAUGAAACUGAUACAGAUACAGUUCCCCCUACAACGAGAUAUCCAGUGUCUGAUCCAUAUUUAAAUGACAAUGAGGAUACUGUUAUGGCUGACUUGGUUCAACAUCCACUCAUUCUAUCAGGAGCCAGGGAACCCCCUUUCACUUACUUAUCUAGUUUGUCAGCCAAGUUGGCUGCAAUGACAGAAAGGGUUCAUUCUGUUAAGGGUAUGAUUAAGUGCUUUUUAACCGGUGUAAAAGGAUUCCAGUACAGGGAGAAAGCCACCUAUGAUCUUCGGGUGUUUGUUGAUGAUGGUAGUUUAAUCAAAGAGAUUCGAAUACAUCAUAAUCUUGUACAGAAAUUGAUAGGCCAUUCUCCACAGGAGGUAAUGGCAGCUCUUGCUUCUCCAGACACAGGAAUAGUAAACAACAUCAAGGAAGCUCUGCGUAACUUCCAAAACUUCUUAGCUAGUUUUGAGGGGAAAAUGCUUAUAGAGAUGCAUGAACACCAUGAACAUCCAGUUGCUGUAGAGAUGAAUGUGGGUUGUCCUGAAUCUGAUGCAUUGUUACUUUUGAGAAGAGUGAAGUCCUCAUUUUCAUCUCCUCAAACAACGUCUCUUCCUGUGGAUCCCAUUGAUCUAUCCCCUUAAUUGUCUCAAACUGCUUUGUCAUGUAAGAUACAUUAGGCCAAGGAAUUGGAAAGACAUGAAAAAGUUGCAGAUGGAUGAAGCAAUGAUCUCUUAGUUGAGCUAGAGAUCUAAAGCUAUUAAAGCCUGAAAGGAAAUAGGUGAUUUUUGAUGGGCUUGUACAACUGCAUUGGAUGAAAUGGGUUCAGUUUUUGGCCAGGUAAUACGACUUCAACCACACAUUAAGAUGAAUAUAUUUUCAGGAUGAAAAUGUUAAUAGCAGUUGAUACCAAUUACAUGGUUCAAAACAACAACAGAUCUACCUGAGCUGCACUUAUAUGUGUUGUAAAUGGAUUUUGUGGAUUUUUGUUUCUACUCAAAUUUAGCUAGGCAAGUCUUGUAUAAAGCUAGCUUAUUGUAUCAUAGAUAUUACAUUUUCUAUUAUCAAAAGUUUGACAAAAAUAGAGUAUUUGACAUAAGAAAA